UUCAAGGAGGCCGGGGUCUCUGUGGAGGGAACGCGGGGCAGAGAGGAGGAAGAGGAGGAGGAGGAUGAGAAGGAGGGCAGCUGGAGGCGCAGGGAGCUGACUGUUCGGACUCUCUCUCUCUGUGUGUCUCUCUAUCAUCAGCACGGCUCCUCUGCACCGAGGAGGGACUCGUGUGGAGGGGGAGGCGCCCGAGCGAGUGGGCACGACUCUCUGUCCGCAUCCAACAAUUAACCUUGAUGAGCACGGAUUGGUUUCACUCAACAGGCGCAGGUGCGUGGAGUCCACGGCGCGGCGCAGCUGAGCGGUUCCACGCUGAUCACCGGACACUGACGCAUCUCACGCAAUAAAAAAAAAAAAAAAAACUCCACGGAUAGGAGGGAGGAUAUCACAGCAGAGAUAUAUAUAUUUUUUAAUUCUCUCUCGCUUCUUUCUUCACGGGACAGGAUGCACGCUGCAGCGGGAGCUCCUCCGCCGCUCGCAAGAUCCGAAUCCGGGAGCGUCGGAAUUUGACCGCUCCGUGUCAUUGCCCGGUUCGCCCGGUCCCAGCAGCAGCAAGGACAGGCUCGAGCUCCGGGAGACCUCACAGGAGGACGCUGGGGGAAAGAAACUGUCCUGGACGGCGUGAAAUGAGGAGCACAUCCCGGCUCUGAGGCGACAGGGGCGGCUGCUUCAUCGGCUCUCAAGGACGCACGGAGGGGGGAAAAAGGGGGGAAAGAAGCGAAGGGGAGGAGGAGGAGGAGGAAGGAGGAAGAAGAAGGGGGGAAACGGGAAAGAAGUGCCCGCCGGCCCGAACUGCGAAGCAUGGAGCGGGACGACACCGACACCGUGAGCUCGUCCAAAAAGACAAUGAUGGCGAGGAUCUUUAAAGUUCGCAAGCGGAGGGAGAUGCUCUUCGUGCAGGUGUGCUUCAUCUGCAGUGUCCUCUUCGUGGCGUGGAGCAUGUCGGCGCUGCUGACCAAGACAGGUCACGGGAUGCUCGUGGAAGGACAGCCAACCGCGGAAUACUGGGGAAGACGACUAAUGGCUUCGGUUCCAGACAAUGAGACGGAGCCAAGGAACUGUUCAGAGCCAGCAAUACACGAGUUCCCCGGUGACCUUUUCACCAAUGCAGAACGAAAGAGCGGGGCCGUUAUGCUGCACAUUGUGGCGACCCUCUACAUGUUCCUGGCCCUCGCAAUAACAUGCGACGAAUACUUUGUGACAGCGCUGGAGAAGAUCUGUGAGAAACUCGAUCUGAGUGAAGAUGUUGCCGGAGCCACCUUCAUGGCAGCUGGCAGUUCUGCACCAGAGCUCUUUGCAUCUGUCAUUGGUGUCUUCAUCACCCAUGGAGACGUGGGGGUGGGCACCAUCGUUGGCUCAGCAGUCUUCAACAUCCUUUGCAUCAUUGGUGUCUGCGGGAUCUUCGCUGGACAGGUGGUGAUACUGACCUGGUGGGCUGUUUUCAGGGAUUCCUUCUACUACACCCUGUCCGUCUUGGCUCUGAUUGCAUUCAUCUACGACGGGAAGAUAGUUUGGUGGGAGAGUUUGGUGCUGGUAGUCAUGUACGCUGGAUACAUCCUCGUCAUGAAAUUCAACUCCAGCAUGCAGAGGUUUUUCAUGGGGACGAAGAAGAAGAAGAACGUGGCCAAUGGUAACGCUGCGGCCAGCAGUGAGAUGGAGGAUGUGAAGCCCACCAAGCCUUACAGCCGUGGCUCGGUGGUGAUGGUGGACGAGAUCAUGCACGACAGCCCUUCAAAGUUCAGGUUUCCAGAGGCCGGGCUCCGUGUCAUGGUCACCAGCCAUUUUGGACCCAAGACCCGUCUGCGCAUGGCCAGUCGCCUCAUCAUCACAGAGAAGUUGGUCCAAGCUGCCAACGGCGUGGAGACACAAGUGAUUGACGGCAAGGUCGAAAUCGAGAACGGAAACGUGCCCGAGGACAAACCCACCAAGACGGAGGAAAAUGUAACCAUCUCACCAUUUCAUCUUCCAACGGGUAUCGGCAGCAGGUUUAAGUGGCUGAUCUCGUGGCCUCUGCUCCUGCUGCUGUACCUAACCGUGCCAAACUGUGCCAAGCCGCGCUGGGAGAGAUUCUUCAUGCUCUCCUUCAUCCUGUCCACUGUCUGGAUCGCAGUCUUCUCCUACUUCAUGGUCUGGAUGGUGACUGUAAUCGGCUACACUCUGGGAAUCCCUGAUGUCAUCAUGGGCAUCACUUUCCUGGCAGCCGGCACCAGCGUCCCAGACUGCAUAGCCAGUCUCAUCGUGGCCCGGCAAGGUCUGGGAGACAUGGCCGUGUCCAACACAAUUGGCAGCAACGUGUUUGAUAUCCUGGUGGGACUGGGGGUUCCCUGGGCGAUACAGACCAUGUGUGUCAGCUACGGAUCAGUGGUGAUGAUUAACAGUCGGGGGCUGUUGUACUCGGUGGUGCUGCUGCUGGGCUCCGUGGGCCUAACGGUUCUGGGGAUCCAUGUAAAUAAGUGGAGGCUGGACAUGAAGCUGGGAAUCUACGUCCUGAUCCUUUACGCCAUUUUCCUCUGCUUCUCCAUCUUGAUCGAGUACAACGUCUUCACCUUCGUCAACCUGCCCAUGUGCAUAGAUGAUUAGAGCACAGCAGCAUGUCGUGGACACCAAAACCUCAAUGCUCCCAUAGCAAACCCAAACUAUUUUUCUUUUGUUCAAUAAUACUGGACCUAUCUGCAGACUCUUUCCUCCCCUGUGCUCCACUUGUAAUCCUUUAAGUCCCAAAUAUGAAUCCAAUUUCCUCCGGGGGGAGUUCACUGUAACAGAGGACUCCAUUCUAUGUCUCUUCUUAUUUCUCCUCUGGUCUCAGUGCAGCUCCUUAAUGCCCAUUAUUUCAGGCGUGGCCUGUUACUGCAGUAAAUUCUUUAGUUCCUCUGUGCACCUGUUAACUUUCUACCCAUCUAGCAUGCCUUUAGAUGUCGGGGACCUCCAGAAUCAUAAGUGCCCCUGUUGAUUGUUGGUGUGUGUUUUCAUUGUUCACAUUGUAGAUUUCCACACACCAUUUUUCAAAGCCUUUCCACAAACCAAACCCGAGUCUGUGAAGGAAAAAGAAAACAACCAAAAUCCCCACGUAGAGUGAAGUCUCCUUGAAGUGAUUCCUAAAAGAUGAACCAAGUUACCCCAGCACCCAAAGAAAAAAAGCACCCUCCUCUUUAUCUCCCCACCCCCCAGGAGGAGGGUCUUGUCCCCGGCAGCUCCCCUUCCUCCAACCUGGACCUGACUCCCCCGGCAUGGCCUUUGGCAUCAGGGAGCAGAUACUGUUCGUGCUUCACUCACCCGGCGUAUAUUUCUUCUCAACCCUCACCUGCUCGGUCAAAUCGGCUUUCUUUUCCUCUAAAAAGGACAUUGUCAGGACAGUUUGUGUGGAGAUAAGCCACAGUCCGGAUCAGUUGACUGUGAGGGUGUUAUGCAUAUGCAGCACUGCACAAUGUAAAACUUGUAAACACUUUUUUUUUUGUUGUUUUUUUGUAUUUAUUUUUUUCAAAACAAGGUCUUUGUCUUGUAUGAAAUAUGGAGGAGCGCUUGUUGCAAAUAUAGGACAUUGCCUGUUUUUCACAGAAACAAAUUGCACAUGGAAAUGCUUUUCUUGCUUUGUGCUGUAAGGAGAUUGGACCACUGAGGGGCUUUCAGGCUGGCGGCCGUGGCGCCGACUUCACCGCAGCGUGAUUUUCAUUCAGUGAUGGGUUGUUUCACUUUUCCCUCUGCACAACUUCUGAAAAAAAAAAAAAAACUGUCUCCAGAUACGUGGGAUGCGUCAGAUUUCUGUCAUCAUAUGGAGACUUGUUCUCGUCUUGAGACAGCAGCAGCAGCAUGGAGAAAGUCGUUUUUCAACAAAAAAAAAUGCAAAGAAACCAGGCAGUUCUCAGCACUGUCUGCUAUAACACCCUUUGGCCAGUAGGGGGUACUGCAGCCUCUCUACCCAGGGCAGGGGUGCAAACCACAGCUGUCGGUUAUCAGGGAAACUUGGAAAUGGACACAACUCCAAGAGGUGGCGAUGGUGAUGGUCUCUUGAUUUUGAGUUACAUGUAGAUAUUGCACUUUAACAGCCAUCCUCUCAUUCUGAAUCAACUAGUGCUUCCUUCUGUGCGUGUGUAUUUUCAGUGUAUAUGUCUGUGCGACUGAGAGAACGUGUGUGUGUGUGUAUGUAUGUGUGUGUAUGCGUGUGUUUUCUCACACCGAGCUCCUGACUCCGAAGCAGACUGGAACCUCGUCGACACCAUGAGCACACCCGCCUCUGUCUGCAGUGCAUGCUGGGACACCGAAACGCAGCUCCUCCACAGCACAGCGAAAAAGGCUGAGGGCCUCUGGGUGUCUCCAUGGAAACCGCCCGACCCACUUUACAAAAAUCGGCAGCUACGUGCUACACUGCAAUCCAGACAUUUUGACAUCAUGCAAAAAGGCCUGCGACGAGUCCGCCAGUGCGGUGCAGAGACUACAAACUAAAGCGCGUGGGGACGUGUUUAGAUGAUUUAAAAAUAUUCCUCUGCCGCGUCGUCGGCAGCAGGCACUCUUGUAUAUGCAAUCUCAAUGUAAAGAAUCUAUGUGACCGAAGGCCCCUGCGAGGUUGCCAUACAAAGACGGAAGACCCCGUGGAGAUGUGACGUCAGUUUGUCUCGUGGUACUUGAUGUGUGAGCUCACAGGUGUGUGUGCGUGUGUGGAACCGAGCCAACAGUAUGGACCUCUCUGCACCCGUGGCAUUGUGGGAAGUCUGAUUUCACCUCCUACGCACACACUUCUUUUUUCUUUUCCCGUCCCCUCUCGCACAAGGGCAUUAACUUUCCGCCAACACUAGCUGAAGGAGCAGCGGGGAAAACAGGGAUGGAGGGAUGAGUUUUUUCCCUCCGUCGACCUCGGGACUCACUUUUCGGUGGACCCGGGUGAGAGCAGACUUUAAGGAAUUUUUAAAAAGUUGGACCCCUUAAACUGCUCCUCCGCCUGGGUUCAGAUAGCUGUGUUACUGGAUGGAGGUGACCACACAGGGCCCGCAGACUCCAACGCACACCCACCUGUACGCCGCCCUUCCUCACCCACUGGGCCCUCUGUACAAACAGGACCCAUGUUUUUGACUCUUUUCAUGGGGAAGGCACAUUUCUACUGUAAUUUAGUUGAUUCAGAAUGUGCAGGGUUGAGGUUUUAUUUAUUUAGAAGGUCGCUCUGUGUGGUCAUGUCCCGGGUUGCCAGGUUUGAGCUCCUCUUUUUGCCCUCAUCCUGACACACAGCAUAUGUUUUCAUUGGUCGUCUGGCUCACAUCUUUUGUUAGUUUUUCUUUGGCAGAGCGUUGGGGGAUUCAAAUACACAAAAAAAUACAAUAAAAAAAGAGAUCAGAUGCCAUACUUGUCGUAAUUCUGCAUAAAUUCAGAUUGUAUGGAAAUCAUGUGUAGAAAAUAAGCGCACACUUUAGAACACACGCGUUAGAAAUGGCAAUUGAGCACGAGAGAGGACCGGUGUGUAUUUCUUGAUUGAAUGCGACCUGAUGCACUGUGAGCUCAAUGUGACGUGGGAGUUGUUUGUCAAGAAUUAUAAAUGAUUCAAAAAAAAUAAUUAUAUUUAAUGUAAAGUUAGUUACUAUAAAACAUUAUUGAGGAAAUCUGUAUAACUUAUAUGAAUGUAUUUGUCUUGCUAUACUGGACAUAUCCAACCAAUGCAUUUUACUGUAAAGCAAUAAUGUGAAGAAAAAAAAAUAAAAUGGCAAAAUAAUUCCUGUACAUUUGUCUCAUAAGUUCUUGGAUUGUUUGUGAAAGACGGAAAUUAAAUGAAGCCAUUUGUACAUGCA